CCACUACAAGCGAAUCACGUGUUUCGCUCUCUCAACUACGAACGGCGAAUCAACGUGUUUACACGACACAUUCGUGUUUCACUUGGCAUCUCUGUUUCUUGUUCUUGUUCCUUUCAUUUAUUUAUUGUUUACUGCUGUGAAUUUCAACGAUGGAGAAAAAAUUAAAUAGAAAAGGUGCCAGUAAUUGGGAAGAGGUCAGCGAAAGGGCGCUUAUAGAGGUAUGGAGCGAAAGGAUUGUAGAAUUGCGUGGUUGUCGGAAAAAUAGCCACAUACUCUUGGAAAUGGCGCAAGAUUUGGAAAGACAAGGAUAUGUGUACUCAGUGGUGGAGCUUAAGAACAAGAUGCAUAACUUGACGACACGGUACCGAAAGGAGAAACAAAAGGUAGGACCAACAGGCGGUUCACCCUCGACCUGGAAUCUUUUUCAAGAAAUGCAAUCCUUAUUGGCUCCAUAUAAAAGUUAUCACACAGAAGGUCUGUUGGUCGACAGUGUAAAUAACAUAAACUCCCAGUCGUUGUGUUCAAUCCCGGGUUCACCAUUGCCUUCACCAUCAGCGUAUUCUGCUUCACCGCUGCCAUCGCCAUCAAUUGCUGCAACUUCGCCGCUGCCAUCACCAUCCAUUCCUAUAACUUCUCCGCUGCCAUCACCAUCCAUACCUGUAAUUUCGCCGGUGCCAUCACCACCCAUAACUAUAGCUUCGCCGCUGCCAUCGCCAAAUAUGUCGGAAGAUUCACCGGCACCAUCGACUUCCGCUAGAGCUAGAAGAAAAGAGGAAUUAGCUAAUUUAUUCAAAAGGGUGGAGAGGAAUAUUGAAACAAUUCAAAAAGAUAUAAAAUCUACGUCGGAAAAGUUUGUUUCUAUUGAAGAGGAGAAAAAAGAAAUUUUAAAAUCGUAUGUGAAGAAUGAAGCUGAGGUGCAAAAGGCACUAAUAGAGUUUCUGAAAAGGCCAUAAGUUUCAGAAAAUGGAAUGAAAACAGUACAUUGAAGAGUACAGUCAGAGUUAAAAGUUAGUACAUAUGUAUACACCUUAUUCUAUUAUAAUAUUCAAAGUGUUUUUGAUGAAAAAAGUUUUUCAAUCAUUUUUUGUUAAAAUUUUCAAGAUUUCAGAAUUUUUAAAAACUUUUGAGGUAUGCAAUAAGAAAGUGCAGGUUCCAAGUGCCUGAAAAUUUCCGUUCAUUUUAAAUAAUUUUUGUGUAAACCGUAUAGCGUAUUUCCUUCCAUACAAAAAUACAUAUUGCAUGUACGCUCUCUCCAUUAUAUCUGCGUACACCCUUGUUUUUUUAAACAUUCACAAUGUUUUGCAAGCUAUAAUUUUUUUGUUAUUUUUUUACAAAAAUAUGGUUCAUGCCUCAAACAAAACCAUAUAACUCAAAGCUACAAAGUGCAUACAAAAUUAAGAAAUAUUUAAUGAAUUUUCAUCGAAAUUUUAAACUUUUUACUCAGCUUUUUUAA